AAAGAGACAACUCCCAGAAUGGAGAACUCUACUUGUGAAAGUCAGUACACUGAGAGACCAGAGAUCUUGCCGUUUUAUAAGAGGUUCAAACGGAUGAACAAAGACCGUAGUUAUAGUUUGUUGGAGGAAGAUUCCUCGUGAGAAAUAGUUAGUGGGCGUGAAGGAGGAGUUUGCUCAGGUCUGCAGAAUGACCUUCAUCGUCCUUGACAAGAUGCUUCAGAAACUCUUUCAGUCCGGAAACAUAAUCCUAACUGGGACUCUAGUUCUAGUUCAAGCUCAGAUUCUCGAACUAGAAAGCCCCAGAAAGAAAGUCAGCCAAAGUCCGUUGAUAAGCCAAUCUUUGUAAAUGAUUCAGAAGAAAGCUUUGAUAUGAGAAUCGAUACAGAAGAAGAAAUAGAGGCUGAAACUCGUGCAAAAAUUGGAAGGUUUACAGAAGCUUUUACCUACAAAAACAACCAGUAUAAAUCGGAUGAAAAUAUUGACACAGAUAGAGACAUUAUGGCAGAAGUAGUCCAGAAACGAUAUAUGGACAACCUAAACAUCACAAUUCAGAAAGAUGAUAUAAUAGGAAACCCAGACCAGACAAUUCCCCUUGAUGACAACAUUGUUACUAAGCAGAGUCAAUAUGUACCGGAUAGAUUUAGCAGUCUCAUAACAGCUAUCAGUCAAGAUUUGAACAUCCCAGAGGACCAGGCAAAGCAAUAUCUUAUGCUUGGUAAGAGGCCUCAUAAGAAGAAAAAGAAGUUGUACAAGUACUUUAGGACAAUCCAGGGAGACACGAUCUCAUCUCUUCUUAAGACAUAUAACCCUAAGAGAAAGAGUAAGCAUCAUAUUCCAAAGUCCUGUAAGAGAAGAGGGUGCUCUCCUCAGUCUAGGCGAAAGAGGUCCCAUAGCAAAAAGAGAAAGAAGCUCAAGAAUUGUAGCUUGAGACCAAAGACCAUCUCUAGUGUUCUACGGGAAAAACCCUAUCAGAUGAACAACUCUGCUAACUUCGAUAAAGGAAAUGAGCUGGGUUCAGACUCCCUUAACAGAUUGAGUCAUUCAUUAAAUCCAAGAGUAAAACCUUGGACUCAGUUGCCAAGUCAAAGAGAACAACUAGUGAAUAGCUCUUGCCUUAAAUAACUAUACACUGAACAACCACACUAGAAUUAACAGUGGGAACCUCCAGACUCUCUGCCAAGACCAGUUGCAUCACAAGAAAGAGGGAGGCACUAAGUCAAUAAGAGUUUCUAAUGAGAAGGUGACACUGAGUAACUAUGCAAACGACAAAGAGAAUAUGCACAAUAAUUACUCAAGCUUGGAAGCAUACUCAAAUUAUGACCGUGACUCACAGCCUGUGCACCUAAAGAUCUCAAAUAAUAUGGUUCAGGACUUCAAUUCGACUGGGAAAAUCCAGAUUUAUCCUAAGACACUAUCGGCCAAGGCUCAGAAGUUGAAGAAAAGAAGGAAAAGUACUAAGGCCAACUCUCAGUACAGGAAACAUCCUUCUUCAGACUGGAUUGACUACAAGACUUAUAAGAAGAACCGUGAACUUAAGAAAAACAGGAAGUUACAAAAGACACAAGGCUGGAACAAAAUUUCCUUAAGAAGUUAAUUUCAAUUUUUUAUACUUUAACCG